ACUUGCCAAGAGUUACCAUCACCACCACCUCCCAGCUCUCCCUAUCAUGGCUCUCAACGUACGAGAUGAUAUUCAUACCGACUACGCGGCGGAAAAGGAGAGGAUCAAGAAUUUUUUAACAACGUUCAAGUCUUCUGAGAAGGACCUAGAGGACACGCUGCAGGAUUUUGGUAUCGAUGACCAAGAGAUAUUGGGACAAACUGUACUGACCACAUACAUGCGGCAGCUGCAACGAAUAGCCAACAGAGAACAACAAAUGCUGCUCAUUGAUCUCGAGGAUAUACACACACAUGAAGGCACUGUAGCAGAAUUAGUGACUUCAAUCAUUGAAAACACGCGUCGAUACGUCAACCUCUUCAGCGAAGUCGUGGACAAGAUCAUGCCGGAACCUACAAAGGACAUCAGCCAGCAUGAUGAAGUCAUAGAUGUCAUUUUACACCAACGUCGCGAGCGGAACGAGCGCGAGUCGGAGUCAGAGAAUGGUUUUCCAGACCAUCUUCUUAGGAGAUACAAUCUUUACUUCCAGCCACUUAAGAGCGACAUUUCCCUAGCCGUCCGGGAAGUACAUGGCUCACAUCUGGGCCAUUUCAUCACUGUUCGUGGCAUUGUUACGCGAGUCUCCGAAGUCAAACCCCUCCUUCAAGUAAAUGCUUAUACGUGCGACGUCUGUGGUUCAGAGACUUUUCAGGAUAUAUCGAACAAGACGUUUAUGCCCAUUGCCGACUGUCAAAACGUUAAUGAAUGCAAAAAGAACAACAUAACUGGCACCUUACAUAUGCAAACUCGAGCAUGUCGAUUCAGUCCGUUCCAGGAGGUUAAAAUCCAAGAACUGGCUGAUCAAGUACCCGUUGGACAUAUUCCUCGUUCGAUGACCGUUCACGUCAAUGGAAAUAUCACUCGUCUCAUGAAUCCCGGUGAUGUCGUUCACCUAGGUGGAAUAUUUCUUCCCAUCCCUUAUACCGGCUUCCAGGCAAUACGUGCUGGCCUUCUCACCGACACCUACCUCGAAGUUCAUCACAUUCACCAAGAGAAAAAGCAGUACGCCGAAAUGGAGAUCACGCCCGAAAUGCAACAAACCAUUGAGGAAAUGAAAACUGAUCCAUCCUUGUACACAAAACUUUCCCAAAGUAUUGCUCCAGAAAUUUAUGGUCACGACGAUGUAAAAAAGGCGCUGCUCUUACUCCUCAUUGGAGGAGUGACCAAAAUUACUGCAGACGGUCUCAAGAUCAGGGGAGACAUCAAUAUCUGUUUGAUGGGUGAUCCUGGUGUAGCCAAAUCGCAGCUGUUGAAGUACAUCACAAAAAUCGCCCCUCGUGGUGUGUAUACGACUGGAAAAGGUUCUUCGGGCGUCGGCUUGACAGCAGCGGUUAUGCGGGACCCUGUCACAGACGAGAUGGUUCUGGAGGGCGGUGCGCUCGUACUUGCUGACAAUGGUAUCUGCUGCAUCGAUGAAUUUGACAAAAUGGAGGAAUCAGAUCGAACCGCUAUUCACGAAGUCAUGGAACAACAAACCAUCUCCAUUUCCAAGGCUGGUAUUUCUACCACCCUUAAUGCUCGAACUUCCAUACUUGCUGCGGCCAAUCCGUUAUAUGGCCGAUACAAUCUAAAACUUUCACCAGUAGAAAACAUCAACCUCCCUGCGGCUUUGCUUUCCAGAUUCGACUUGAUUUUCUUGAUACUUGACAAACCCAACCGCGAGGAUGAUGAACGCUUGGCGCAGCACGUUACGUAUGUGCAUAUGCACAACACGCAUCCUGACCUUGGUAUCGAAAUUUUUCAACCCAAUGUUAUGAGACACUACAUCGCCGCGGCUCGCACUAUUCGACCUACUGUAUCUCAACGAGUGUCUAGUUAUGUAGUUGAUUCGUACGUCAAACUCCGCAAGAAAUCGAAGAUUGAUGUCGAAGAAAAUAACUCGCAUACUUACACCUCGGCACGAACCCUUCUUGGAAUUCUUCGACUUGCCCAGGCUCUUGCGCGUCUACGAUUCUCCGAGACCGUGGAACAUGAUGACGUUGACGAGGCUCUGCGGCUUAUGGAGUGCAGCAAAGAAAGCUUAAUGGAGGAUAACGACCAGGAACGCGAGCCAGAUAGGUCGCCGAUGAGUAGAAUUUAUCGAAUCAUCAAGAACAUGGCUGGGAUAGGAAAGGCCCGUCGCUCAAAACCUCAAAAACGAUUUGGGAGAGGCCCGGCGAGGGAGCGAGACAUGGAUGUGGAUAGUGAUGAUGACGAUAAUGAUUCCGACUACGAAGCUGGGGCGGGUCUUUCGAUGGUUGAUGUCCGGAGUCGAGUCCUCAACAAAGGUUUUACGGAGGCGCAGUUAAUGGAAACAAUCAACGAGUACGAAAGGCUUGAGGUUCUGCAACGACAAGCAAAUGGAACUAAACUGGUAUUCAUGGAAUUAGAUGCGUAGUGUAUUAGAGGACGUCCUAUUUGCUUGUUGAUAUCUUGUUCUUUGUCGCUAUCGUGUUGGUUUUAUGGAUUCCAUGUACAUAUAUUGCUGGAAGAUACUCAUUCGAAGUUU